AUGAAAUAUUAUAGUAAAAUAACAGUUGACGAGAACAAACCGUUGUGACUGUCACUGUUCAAAAAUAAUUUGCCAACAAGAGAUUUGAAAAGUGUGACAAGGAAAUAUUUAUAUCCUUAUGUCUAGUUUGAAACUGUGAUGAAACCGAUAAACGGAAGUCUGGAGCAGUUUAGUUUGUCUGCAAAUGAAGUAAUAAGAAGAUAUUCUACAUGGAAGUGGGUAUACUUAUCUUUACAAUCUUAUAUGUCAGCGUUUCUGCGAAGCAACCAAACUAUAAAUAGAACAUAUGCAAUGCAGUGACAUCCGGUAACACGAUUUAAAAAAAACUGAUUUUAGACAGACUACUGAUGCAAUUUUAAACAAAACUAAAACAAAAAUGGUGUGGCGAGGGUAAGGUCUUCAAAUGCAAAUGGCGGAAAUUGUGAAAACAGUUGAAGAUGAAAUCGAGAUUUAUUCCAGAACGUCAGGUAACACUGAUGAAAAUGAACCAUUUUCAGCAGUAGAAACUUUGUCUUUGUUAGACAGCCUCUAUUUACAAUGCCAACCUUGUGCUAAUAUAGGCUAUAUAACAGAAAUUCAAAAAUUAGCUUCAUCACUCCAGGAGAUUUUAAACUCAAACAAUAUGCUGGAUGACAAUGAUAGAAUUGCUAUAGCAGGAAGUUUUGCCGAAGGGAUUUUUAUACCUGGACACAGUGAUGUUGACAUAAUGCUCACUCUUUACUCACUAAUUUGCUGUGACGUGCAGUGCUUACAAGACAUUGAUCCCAGUAAAUACAGCAAAGUAUAUAUUGCAGAUACACAACAUACUUCUCCGGGUUAUACUUUUUUAAUCGAGUUAGGCGAUCAGUUUACAGCACAAGCUAGACGAGAUUCCAAUUCAAAGUUUGUGUCCAAAGCAGGUCAAGAUACUGAAGGACAAAGAUUUCUAGAUGUUGCACUAAAACAAAAAGACAUUUACGAUAAAAUCGGAGUGCGGGCCUCUAGGCAAGGCCCAGCGUUACAAAUACUAUUAGAUAUAAUAAAAACUAGUGCUGCACUAUUUUCAAGAAUAUUUGGCAGUGUCAACACAGCAGAUUUAGUUUCUGCGAUUUCGUAUGAAAGCGAUAUUAUUAAACAAAGUUGGCUAAAUCGAAAGAGAAAGCAUGGGUGGCCACCAGAAGAACUACAAAGGCAAAUAAGUAAAAUGAAAGGUCAUGUUGUUCCUGUAGGUACGAAAAACAAUCAGAAUGAGGGAUAUGAAUGGCGUAUUUGUUAUACACAGGCCGAAAUAAAACUAGCGCAUUCUUUAAAUGAAGUGCAACUGAUGUUAUAUAUCAAACUGAAACUUUUUUCAAAAACUGUUUUCAAAGAAGCAUGUCAAGAUAUUACAUCAUAUAUAAUUAAAAAUAUUAUAUUUUGGUUAGCAGAAUCAAUCCCAAAUAAGUACUUCCAGUGUAGAUAUUUUAUUCCACUUUUUAGAGCAACACUUGUUUGUUUAAGAACAUUUGUUACCAAAAGAUAUCUUCCGAACUAUAUGAUUCCACAGAGAAAUUUAUUUGCCGGGAAACUUAUACAACAUGAACAAGAAGCAUUGGUUGAAGUAUUGUCCUAUUGUAUUGAAAAGUACCCAAUGUUUGAAGGAGAACGAGGAAAAGAUAUCCUUCGGCUUUAUGAAGAUCUAUUACAUAAUCUCGACGACCGCGUACAAUUCCAGUGCAUUGUGAUGAGAAGUUUGAGGGUCACGAAAGCUUUUCUUCCUAUACUCUUCAGACCAAGUAAACCGGAAAAGGAUUUUUAUGAUCUUAUACUUGGCAUUUGCCAAUUAGUUGGCAUGACGGACACCGAAAAAUACGCAAUGUCCAAUUGCUUUAGAACUGGUGAUAUACAAGCAUGUAUAUCUGUGCUCUUCAGUGCAAAACAACUUAAUUGUUUUGCCUAUAUAUGUAAUUUGUUAUUUUUCUCCCAAUGAACAGAGAAACAGAAAUAACAUAAUCAAAAACACUGCAAGACCAAGAAUGUUUGACAGAAAUUGCUCUCUAACGCGUAUUGUAUAUAGUACAACAGUAAUAGGUAAAAUCAAUUUGGCUGUAGCGAGAGUUAUGUAAAUGCAGCUUCUUUAUUCAUUAAGCGACAUAGUCUUAUAUCAUACAAUUUAAGUUAAAACAGCUUUGUUACAACGCGGUAUCAAUUGAGUUUACUGAUGUACUGUUUACAGUGUACUAUAUCAUCAUUUCAAUUUAUCAGUAGUCUAUUUAGCAAAUACUGCAGGCCUGCGGUUUAGCGUCUUAUAUACCACGGUUCAUAGUUCAGGUACUUAGGAAGUUGACCACAAGGGAGUUAGCCCGACUGGUUAAAUACUGAAGCAUCUGAACGAUAAUAGUAAGUGUAUUAUACUUUAUUACAGGUCUUACCUUAGUUAGACCACAAGUUGAGGAUUGAAAGUAUCUAUGUGACACAAAUUUUGAGUAUUUAUAUUUUCAAUCUUUAAAAAUCUUAAAAAAAAAAUUAUUCGGCUUUUAAAUAAUUAUUUCCUUAUUACAUUUCACUUUUUGUAGGUUGUUUGUUUCCAUAAUAUUAUUUCAUAUUAUUAUUUUAUAUUAUACACAAUGUAAAGAACGAAAUAGAAAAUUCUACAAAAAUCGUAUUAAAUGAGACAGAUUCUAUUUUUCAUCAUGAAUAAUUUGUUUUACAUUUAGUUUAUAAAUGUAGUAUCUUACAUUUGAAAUUGAGUUGUAAUUAAUGAUUAUUUCUCUUCAUUAUGUAUUUAACCAUAAGAGAUAAUAAUAGUUUUCUAUAGUCUUACA